AUGUUCGAGGGAGUGGAGGACACGGCAGUUCAUGCCUACUGCCGAAGACAUAGCUUGCAGGCCACACAUCUUCCGCAACCGGGACCGGACGGACCUCCCAGUGGAGGAAGUUCGGCGCAGCUGGGAGACUUCGACGGAAACGUCCGCAGCCGCCACACCUCCAAGGACUUGGCGUUGCCUCCUCGGCGCGGCGCCCUCGCUGUGAGACCCUCCCUUCUCCAAGGCGAUGCAGAUCGUCAGCUCGAAGCGCUGCUGAGUUCGACUCCACGUCAGUGGCGAAAGUCGACGGCUGCAACUGCAACGGACAGGCUGCUGCGACCUCGCCGCUCGUUCCUGGCAGAAGGUCCUACCGAGGGGCUGGAGCCCGCGGAGCUGCUCACAGGCCUCUGCCCUCGUCACGACAAGCCCGGCGUGGAGAACAUCACCACCGGUGACCUUCGAGAGGUCGAUACGGUGAUCUUCGAUUGCGACGGACUGGUUCUCCAUGUUCAGGAGACGGACCUCAAGAAAUCGACAUCAGCAUAUGCUGCAGAGAAUGUGCACAUCAUCAAUGCCAUUCUGGGAGCGGGGAAAAACGUCAUCUUCGCAGACAGCGGCAACCGGGAGCCCUCCAGGGCUGCAUUCCGGAAGCAAAUCAAAGAUCGGGGCGUGCGCUCCGAGGACUCCGCGGAGCUUCAGGUCUGCUUGCCUGUGGAUGCCGCUGUCUGGUACAUCAAGUCUCAAGGCUUCCAGAAACCGCUUGUGGUCUCAUCCCAGGAGUCGCUGUUCGAAGAGGUACGGCUAGCUUUUCCCAGCUGCGUGUGUUUGAUGGACAAGGACGGCCAUCUGCAUCCGGAAUUCCGCCCUGGAGCCAUCCACGCACCCAGUGACGAAGAAGUUGCGGUUGCCCUUGCCGCCGUGCACGACGCCGACUGCGUUGUACUUGGCACGCUGGCAGAGGAAUUGCCGGCUCUUGCAGCUGCUGCGAUUUCUACAGUCUUGGGCACAGAUGAUGCAAAUCCGCGCCUGGUGGUCGUUGCCGGCCAGCAGGCGCGCCGCAAGCUGAAGUCGGCAAGGAGCUCCGUGACCUGCCAGAAGAUUCUGGCAGGGGCUGGUGAUAGCCAGGAGUUUGUGGACAUGACUUGGCCCUCCAGGCUGCUGUCUGCCGCCAUGUUUGCUCAGUUCGCAGUCGAGCCUUCGAAGAAGACUUUAGUGAUAGGGAGGAGUCUUUCCAGAUCCGCAAGGUUUGCAUACAGGAGCGGUGCAUCCUCCUUGCUGGUUUUAGACAACCUCGUGGCGCAGCUCAACCUCACCAAGGAGCAGAGGCACGAGUACUUGCCCGACUGGGUUCUGCCCAGCCUCGGCGAGCUGCUUGAGCGCGAGAAGGACAAAUAG